AUGAAAAACAUUUGUCACUUUUCCCCUCCCCCCCCCCGAAUUCCAAGGAGUAAAAAAUUGACUCAAUUUUCAAAUCGAGAAUUUUGGUACGAAGAAGCGCGAUCGGCGUUAAGACGUAGACUCCAGCAAAAUCCUCCAAGUGUCGGAUCUAAAACUCAUGCAAGAAACGUCAUCUUGUUCGUUGGUGAUGGUAUGAGUUUGACAACGAUAACAGCAUCAAGAAUAUUAAAAGGACAAAGAGGAGGAAGAUCGGGUGAAGAACAAGAUUUAGCCUGGGAUAAAUUUCCAGCUGUUGCUUUAGUUAAAACGUAUAACGCAGAUGCUCAGGUAGGAGAAUCAUCAGCUUGUUCUACGGCAUUAAUGUGCGGAGUUAAAGCAAAUUUUGAAACUUUAGGAUUGGACACGAGGGGAAAAUUUGAAAAUUGUUUAUCAAGUUUUUCAUCCAAAGUGCCUUCUUUAAUGGACUGGGCACAGGAAGAAGGUAAAAUGACUGGUAUCGUAACAAACACGAGAAUAACUCAUGCAACACCGGCGGCAUUAUACGCUCACACACCAAGUAGAUAUUGGGAAGAUGAUGGAAAAGUACCCCCAGCAUCAAGGAAAUCAUGUAAGGAUAUAGCGAGACAAUUGAUAGAAGAUGAUCCUGGGAAAAACAUAAACGUAAUAUUAGGCGGUGGUAGAAGACAUUGGUUACCAAAAGUAGCAAAAGAUCCGGAAUCUGAUAAAGAUGAAGGAAGGAGAUUAGAUGGUAGAAAUUUAAUCGAUGAUUGGAUUCGUGAUAAAAAAAGACGAGGACUUAAUUCCGCUUACGUGUGGAACAAAUCACAAAUGGAAGAAAUCAAUAAGAAACAAAUUGAUCAUUUAUUGGGGCUUUUUUCAUAUUCUCACAUGGAUUUUGAAACGGAUCGUAAUACUGGGCCAGAUGGGGAUCCGUCUUUAGCCGAUAUGACAAGAACAGCUUUAAAUAUGUUGCAAAAAAGCACGAAAGGAUUUUUUUUAUUCGUUGAAGGAGGAAGAAUCGAUCAUGCUCAUCAUUAUAAUAAUGCGUACAGAGCAUUAGAUGAAACGAUCGCAUUAGAAUCCGCGGUUUUAACCGCCAUGUCUAUGGUGGAUCUUAGUGAAACUUUAAUUGUUCUUACUUCCGAUCAUUCGCACGUGAUGACAAUGGGAGGUACGGAUGGAAAAGUUUCCGACAUCGAUGGAUUUCCUUAUUCCACGUUAAUUUACGGUAACGGACCUGGUUUUAGCGAACCGAGAACGAUUCCAAAUAAUGGUACGACCGUCGGAAAACAAGCAGAAGAAAAAAAUUCGGUACACGGUGCUGCCGUACCUAGACAGUGGGCAACACACGGUGGAGAAGAUGUUCCGAUUUACGCCCAGGGACCUUUGGCCUCGUCGGUAUUCACCGGGGUCAUAGAUCAAAGUUACAUACCUCAUGCUAUUGCAUAUGCCGCGUGUUGGGGAUUUCACAGUCAUAGGUGUAGCAACGGUUUAGAUAAUUACACUACAUCUCAGGUACAAACGGCUUGUUCGUCUUUACCGGAUGUGAGUAGCGCAUCGACGGGUUCACACGGUUCAGGGCAGCCAAUCGUAAUUGCUAGUUCCGUUAUGUCUGAUAAUGGACGUUCGAAUUUUAUGGGAACUAUUUACGUUUAUUUUAUUUAUUAUCAAGUUUUUAAUAUUUUUUAUAAUAAUUUAAUAAACAUAAAUAUAAUAAUAAUAAUAAUAAUAAUAAUAAUAAACAAUUAA